CAUCGAAGAAGAAGAAGAAUGUCAUAGAAGAAGUGGUGGCAUGCUUGAAGGUUAGCGACACAUUUAACGAAAUACAAUAACAACUACUAGUGACACACAUACUGGGUAGCAAGUUAUACACUUAUCGUGUAGAACAUGGUAAUAUAUCUACAUUUGGAUAUAACAAAGCUACUACACAAGUCGCGGUGAUUCCAGCUAGCUAUGACCAACCUGUCCAGCUACGCCGUGCGUAUGGCGCGACUCAGCGCACGUAUCUUUGGGGAUGUGGCGCGUCCUACGGACGACAAGUCCAUGAAGGUGGUCCAGCUGUUCAAGGAGCCGCCCAUGGCCCAGAAAAAGGAGGUGUAUGACUGGUACCCUCAACACAAGAUCUACUAUGCCCUGACACAGAAGCUACGUUACAUGGGACUCUUCAGAGAUGAGCACGAGGACUUCAAGGAGGAGAUGCGUCGGCUGAGGAAACUGAGAGGCAAGGGGAAACCCAAGAAGGGCGAAGGAAAGAGAGCCACCAAGAAGAAAUAAGCGCUUCCUUGCCCUGUCAUAUAGGACCUAUGAGGGAAUCACAACAGUCCUCGUUUGCUUUGGGACACCAGAGGAAUGGCCUCCCUAACUGUGUUCACAACGGUACCAUGUGACCCCAUUCAGGAUGUUCAUAAUAAAUGGAUCCUUGGAACAGUUGAUGAUGUCUGUUGAGAGGAUCCUUUUAUAUCCCAUCACAGAAGAUCCUGUCUGACUAGUGACCAGUCUUUGACCGCUGUCUGUUGAGAGGAUCCUUUCCUACCCCAUCACAGAAGAUCCUGUCUGACUAGUGACCCGUCUUUGACCACUGUCUGUUGAGAGGAUCCUUUCCUACCCCAUCACAGAAGAUCCUGUCUGACUAGUGACCAGUCUUUGACCACUGUGUGUUAAGAGGAUCCUUUCCUACCCCAUCACAGAAGAUCCUGUCUGACUAGUGACCAGUCUUUGACCACUGUGUGUUGAGAGGAUCCUUUCCUACCCCAUCACAGAAGAUCCUGUCUGACUAGUAACCAGUCUUUGACCACUGUCUGUUGAGAGGAUCCUUUCCUACCCCAUCACAGAAGAUCCUGUCUGACUAGUGACCAGUCUUUGACCGCUGUGUGUUGAGAGGAUCCUUUCCUACCCCAUCACAGAAGAUCCUGUCUGACUAGUGACCAGUCUUUGACCGCUGUGUGUUUGGUACAUAAAGCAUUUUCUGUUCAUUGUUUUACAAGAUGUUUCAUUAGGUUUCAGUUGUAUCCACGUUGUCAUCAGCUCUCCGUUGUAAUACUCUCUGUGCAGUGAAUGUGUGAAGGAGAACCGGACGCCAUCAGUACAUAGAACUGUGAUGCUGGUAUGUUCCUGUUGACGAGACAAAGCUGGUGAUUUACAUCUGUUCUGAGUAACACCAGGUGUCAUGAAUAAAAUACUGAAAACAAAUCUGAUGAAAUGUGGAGGAGAACUCUCUCCAUUUUUCUGACUGGUUUAUUGCCAUGCAAAUACUGUGUGUUAUAUACAAUGUUGUUACUAGCGACUUAGUGUAACUACAGGAAACCCAUUAAAAACCUGUUCUGACCUGA